AAGCUUAUUUGGCGCUCGCGUAGCCCGCUCGGAGCGGCGCGUGCUUGGGAAGCUCGAUUGCCAGUUUGGUGUGUGGUGCUUUCUUGAGUGAUUUGUGGAAGUUGUCACGAACCUGUGCCUUCGGAAAAUCACUCCACAGUGUGCUGCUACGACAGGCCAGCUAGUAAUAUAAACCACUUGUGACAAAGAUCUGUGUCCGUAAGAUCGAGUGUUUCUACCAACCAUAACUUGGCACUUUGGAGAAAAGUUAAGUCCAAUCGACUGGGCAGAGUUUGUCAGUCGUCUAUGGUAUGCAGAUUGUAAUUGUGUAACCCCUUUUGGCUUGACCAGUCGAUUGGCAUAACGAGGAAAUUGUUCAAUUAUGGAUUCCAUUCGUCAAGCUGUGACACGAACUGCCCUAGGUCUGGCGGAAUACGUUGUUCCCGUGUUACGCACAUCCAAGUUCAAGGAGACGGGAGUCAUCACGCCGGAGGAAUUUGUGGCUGCCGGUGACUUCUUGGUUCACCACUGUCCCACGUGGCAAUGGAUGACGGGAGACAAACCCCCAAGAGAUUAUCUACCCGUGGCGAAACAGUAUCUUCUGACACGCAACGUUCCCUGCUACAAACGGGUGAAACAGGUGGAUAACCAUAACGAAGACCUGGAAGAAACAGUUGAAGGCGGUUGGGUCGAUACUCAUCAUUAUGCCUCCGCCUAUACCGAAGAUACAGACAAGCCGGCCGAAAUGCCCACUGACCAACGUGGUAUAGCACCAGGUCAUGUCGGAGACAACGCUGUUGGGCUAGAUGAGGAUGAAGACGAAGAAGAGGAAGCUGAAGAUAUGGAGGCGUUCAUGCAGCGUGGAAUGCUGGAUGAGGUUGAUCCUGUUAGCGUUUGUCCAUCGAUCCCAAAGUCGCACAACCUCGGAUCCGAUCCAGAUACAAUUGUUUCUACUCGUACCUAUGAUCUAUAUAUCACCUAUGACAAAUAUUACCAGACUCCGCGCAUGUGGUUGUAUGGCUAUAAUGAACACGGGGAUCCUUUGACGGCAGAUGAGAUGUAUGAGGACUUCAGGCAAUUCUAUUACCAAAUGCCCUCGGAUCCGUCAGUAAACCAAAAGGACAGACAUGUUCAGAAAGCGCGCAAGUCUACGGCGCCCUCUACGUGCGGCAGUUCGGGAUCCACUGGUUCUGGUGAGAAUCGCGAACUCGAUCGACUCAAAUUUAGCAACCCUGGUAAAGCUAUGAAAGAUUUGCAGUUUCCAUGGCGUGAAAGCAACCUGACUCGCAACUUCCGUAAGCAGUUGGCUUCCAGACACUACCGGAAGGAUCGAAAUUCGUCGCCACCACUCUACGAUUCGCGGGGGCGUAAGCUAGGAUCUCUGGUCGAUACAUGUGACUGUCUGCGUGAAGACUGUCCUGGAUGUCAUCUUCCCUGUCGCCGAUGUCACUCGACGUUUUGUGGCCCAGUUUGUCGAAUAUACCGGACGUUUACUUUUCAAGAGGCCAAACUGUUCAUCUAGAACUCACCGCUACCAUCUCACAUGGAAUUUGUAAAAAUUCGCUUUGAAUAUUUGCGAACUACACAGAAGCAUUGUUAAUGGGUAACUGGAUGUUGAUUCCCCCCAGCUGUCCUGUGUUUCAUGAGUUUUAAACGACCCUGGUGCAGCUCCGUGCCUUCUGAUUAUUGUGGAAAAACAUGAGCUUCAUGAUCAAUAUGGAAGACCUACUUCAGUCCGCAUGCAUACUUAUUUGAGCACCUGCAACCUAAGUAAUUGUCGGAAACCGUGUGCUGCAAUAUUGCGGUGGAGGCGUUUUUGGCAAAAAACCUGCCAACCUGACGCCUUCUGCAUUGGUUGCAGUUUCUCCACACAAAAUCUAUUUACUCUACUUUCGAAGCACCCCGCAUGCAUUCCUUAAAUGGUGGCGUUUUGCUACCCCUUGAGUAUGAUCCCUUAUUUCUUCUUCUUCGAUCCAUCUAAGACCGCGCUGGUUCCAUUCCUCUAAACAAUUCUCAGCGUGUCUUUGCAUUACCCUCUGUCGGCAAAAUUGUUAUCCCAAAUACUUUUUGCAUUUUCCGGUCCAUGUAUUUUCUUAAACAUCCUCGAUUUUCACGUCCUUUCAAC